UCUGAUAGUUACCAGUGUCAGAUUGUAAGUCAGAGAGAGAAGCUCUUCCUCAUUUUCCUCCCUAUAAAUUUUCCUGGAAAACUCAUUCAUUCUCAUCCAACUUCAGCUUUAAUUUACACUUCUCUUCUCAAUCACCACAUUCCUUUUUUUCUGCAUCCAACCAAAGAGCUAUAAAUGGAAAUGUCCAAUGUGAUGCUUCUUGUAGCUGUCGUUGCAGCAUAUUGGCUAUGGUUCAAGAGGAUAUCACGAUGGCUAAAGGGACCACGUGUGUGGCCUGUAUUGGGCAGUCUCCCUGGUCUGAUAGAGCAGCGUGAUAGGAUGCAUGAAUGGAUCACCGAGAACCUCCGUGCGUGCGGUGGCACAUACCAGACUUGUAUCUGUGCAGUACCUUUCUUGGCAAGGAAGCAAGGUCUAGUGACUGUCACCUGUGACCCGAGGAAUCUUGAACACAUGCUCAAGACCCGGUUCGAUAAUUACCCUAAAGGUCCCACGUGGCAAUCCGUCUUCCACGACCUUCUAGGUCAAGGUAUUUUCAACUCUGACGGCGAUACUUGGCUCUUCCAACGCAAAACCGCUGCUCUCGAGUUCACAACAAGAACGUUGAGGCAAGCCAUGGGUAGAUGGGUAAACCAAGGAAUUAAGCUCCGGUUCUGUCCAAUUCUUGAAUCGGCUCAAGCCAAAUCCGAGCCGAUCGAUCUCCAAGACUUGGUACUCCGUCUCACAUUCGAUAACAUUUGCGGAUUGGCAUUCGGUAAGGACACAAGAACCUGUGCACCGGGGCUUCCCGAGAACGGCUUUGCCACCGCUUUCGAUCGCGCCACCGAAGCCUCGCUUCAACGGUUUAUUAUGCCUGAGUUUCUGUGGAAGCUAAAGAAAUGGCUAGGACUCGGCUUAGAAGUCAGCUUGAGCCGAAGCUUGGGAGAGAUCGAUGGAUAUUUAGCAAAGGUUAUAAGUACACGUAAGCAGGAGUUGAUGACUCAGCAAGAAAGUGGAGCCCAGGGACACGACGAUCUCCUCUCUCGCUUCAUGAUGAAGAAGAAAGAAGCGUACAGCGACACUUUCCUCCAACACGUGGCGCUUAACUUCAUCCUAGCUGGACGCGACACGUCAUCGGUAGCGCUGAGCUGGUUCUUCUGGCUUAUCACGAUGCAUCCAGCCGUCGAAGAUAAAAUCGUCCGGGAGAUCUGCUCCGUUCUGAUCGAGACACGUGGCACUGAGAACAACGCCGCGUCUUGGACGGAGGAGCCGUUAAAUUUCGACGAGAUCGACCGGCUGGUUUACCUGAAGGCGGCGCUCUCUGAGACGCUCAGGCUUUACCCUUCGGUGCCGGAAGAUUCGAAGCACGUCGAGAACGACGACGUUUUACCUGACGGAACUUUCGUUCCCGCGGGAUCUUCGGUGAGUUAUUCGAUAUACGCGGCGGGGAGGAUGAAGUCGACUUGGGGAGAAGACUGUCUGGAGUUUAUCCCGGAGAGAUGGAUCUCGCCGAUCGACGGCAAAUUCAUCAACCACGAUCAGUAUCGAUUCGUGGCAUUCAACGCCGGACCGAGAAUCUGCCUGGGAAAAGAUCUGGCGUAUCUUCAGAUGAAGACCAUCGCGGCGGCGGUGCUUCUCCGUCACCGGCUUACGGUGGUUCCGGGACACAAGGUGGAGCAGAAGAUGUCGCUGACGCUUUUUAUGAAGAAUGGACUUCUGGUUAAUCUCCAUAAGAGGGAUCUCCAAGGAAUCAUCAAGAGUCUAGUGGUGGCUAAGAGUGACGGUGUCGUUAAUGGCAAUUGUACCGGUGUCACUUGUGGAGGCGCCGCCGUGUACGUAAAUACGGAAGUUCCGGUGGUGGCUUGAAGCCAAUAAUAAAGUUUCUCAUUCAUAUACACUUUUUAUUUAUUCCAAAGCAUAAAUAAAAAGUGUAUAUGAAUGAGAAACUGUAAGCAUAUAUAUAUACAUUCCAAUUAGUAAUUACUGGCUUUGUUUACUUUUUGUUAACUUCUUAAAAGUUUCUUUUAUGAAUGUACUGUAAUGAAAUCACAUACAUAUAGUUGAAAAUAAAUACAUUUUA